AUGGGGGCUUUGGUUUCGCAGAUAAAAUCCCUUCUCGGAAUCCUACCGGCGGACAGAAAAAUCCGCGUGCUCGUCUUAGGUUUGGAUAAUGCGGGGAAAACGUCUAUUCUGUACCGUCUGCAACUGGGCAAUGUAACGUCAACUGUACCAACAGUCGGUUUCAACCUCGAGACGCUGACGCAUAAAAACAUAACGUUUGAGGUAUGGGACUUAGGUGGCCAGGCGAAUAUCCGACCUUUCUGGCGCUGUUAUUUUACUGACACCGACGCUGUCAUAUAUGUUGUGGACAGUACGGACAAGGAUCGCAUGGGGGUCGCAAAGCAUGAGUUGUGCAACCUCCUAGACGAAGACGAGCUGCGGGGCAGUUUAUUGCUCAUAUUUGCUAACAAGCAGGAUGUGGUUGGGGCUGUAAGCGAGGCUGGUGUGGCUGAACAACUCGGCGUGGGGGCUCUUUCGUGCCGGACGUGGACAAUCGUCAAGAGCAGCGCCAAGACUGGUGAGGGGAUACUGGAAGGAAUGGAUUGGCUCUGCGAUAAGCUGCGGGAGCGGGGCGUCGUCACUGCAGACUCGUGA